AGUCCACAAGUCUUCAAGUGGCCAAGGUUAGAGACCCCCUGAUUUAGAGUAUAUACAGAGGAGGAGACGGGAGCCUGCUCGCUUUUAGACGAGGCCACGUGGACUUGAAUCGUGGGACCCGGCCUGAGUUUUUCGCCAGGGUAAAGCGGCGUUGGAUCGCGAUCGAUCCUUGCAACAGGUCUAAGUGAGCAACUAGUAGUGGAUGCAACUGUCAACGCUGCUUACAUCGCCAGCGUCAUUCUGCUGAGCAAAUAUGGUGAUGACGUUGUGCAGCAAAUGCCGAUCUGGAGGAAGUGAGAAGCCUUGCAUCAUCUAGAGAACAUCCUAAAGGAGACGCCAAGGUGCGACCAGGAGAUCAUCAACAGUGAAAAUGCAGGGAAGGGCGUCACCCUUUGUGAGGUGUUGCUCGGUUGCUUGCAAGGCGAUUUCUGAUAUUCUAAAGAGCCUUCUGGCGUGGCAGACAGAUGAAGCUCACCUGAACAGAAUAAUCAAGGCCUUGCGGAACUGGCUGACCUCGCCUGACCUCACCUUGCGUGAGAGAGCAACCCGGUCCCUGAUCCAGCUGCUUCAAAUCUAUAAAAGGCAGAUCCCAUCCGAGAACCCGACCAUCAGAAACAAGGGACACUGGAUCGGCCUGUUGGUCCCUUUCUGUGUCCAUACAGAACCUGCCUUCCAGUACUGGGACCUCUUGGCUGCUAAACAUGAAAUUCCCAGCUCCAGCAACAGCUUGGGUUGGAUCAAUCAGCCACGCUCUGAUGAUGACAUUUGCUCCCCUGUCCGGGAAACUGGUGGUGAGGUAUGGAGCCGCCAAAGUGGCAGUAGUUGGCGAUCUGGUGACCAUAGGUGGUCUGGUGUGGUCAUCCUAUGCGGAGAAAUUCAAGUAUCUGUUUUUCAGCCGGGGAAUCAUUGUCGGCGUGGGAUCAAGUCUGGCCUACGCUCCAGAAAAAGGUGUCUGCAAGUGUCACCAGAGAAACAAAACGAAGAUGUGGAGGCUGAUAUCAUCACUGUGGAACCGUACAUACCGGAACUCAUCUACCCCAACAUCCCCAUCAUUGAUGAGUGAAGGAUGUCAGACGUUCUACGUUGCACGACAAUGUGAUGGAUGGAUGAAUAGCUGCAGUGGGUGAAAUCCCAAAACAACUGGAGCCCAAUUUGGACCCCAUCGGCAUUGACAAUCUCACCAUCAAUCAGUUGCCAAAGGCCGCCUUCCUUGGAAGAGCUGACAUCCAGUCUGAACAUCUAGCUGACUGUGUGAAGAACCACAAUCCCCCCCUCCCCCAUGAGGCAGGACCUUGACAUGGUUGUGGGGCUUGUGUGCUCUGAGGAAGAUUAGGGCUACACCUCAGGUUCAACCAUACUGAACAGGACUCAUGAGAGGAAUCGGACAAAGAGUGUCUCUCCCAUAAACAAUAGAGGAAAGCACAUA